CGUCGACGUGUUUUGUUAUAAACAGCCUUCUAUUCAACAAUAUGGCGUUCAGCAAGUCGUGGUUUUCGACAGACAGGUAGCUUUGUACUUGUCAGCUAAGUAACUAUACUAGUCAUGAUAACACUAAAUUAUACCGAUAAUACUGACUGAGCGAUGGCACUAAAGUUUUUUUAAUAUUGGAGUUUCUACAAAUAAACGAUGUACCAUGAACUACAGGAGCAACAUGCUGGACUGGCAUCAGUCACCACAACAACAGUAUUCCCAACAUUAUCCAUCAUCAACACAAUUGCAGCAAUCUGCAGUUAAUAUUCUGGAUAGAACAUGCGAGCAACAUCAGCUACCUACAUUGUCAAUAUCUCCAAGCAGCAGCAACAAUAGCAGUAGUAGUAUCAUUAGUAAUGCCAGUAAGCUACCUCAGCAGGUACCACCAGGACCUGAGACCUCCCGACACAGCCUUCCUAAUGGCCUUAGUGCAUCAGUGGCACCCCCCUCGUCUUCUCCUCCCAUAAACAGCAAAGAUAGUUUUGAUGGUCACCAAUUGCCAGCAAACGCUACUGUUGAACAGAAGCCUGUGGGCUCUCAUCAAAUUUUCCAAUACCAUCCACAUUCUCACUAUUCACAUUCUCUGCCCAAUCGUCAUCGUAUGUUACCACCAAGUUGUCAGACACAACAAGUUCACACUGAAAGUGGAGUUGGUGAUUGCAGUGGAGAAAGAGGUAAAGAAAGUACUGCAGCUUCUACUACUAGAGGUGCUGAGAGUUGUAUAUUAUUGAACUCUGCAAUUAGUGGUAGAAGUGAAGAUAUGCUACAAAAUCAGCAGCAGCAACAGCUUAGGACAUAUACGGUGCCAAUAACACUUACUAGUCCUAGUACAAUAGGGAAGGAAGUACCUAGGGUGGGGCAGAUCAUUCCUCAAGUGCAGCAUGCGGGAUCCAUGUCAGGCCUUACAAGGCAGCAUGCAACUUGUUACUUGCCAUCUUGUAAAGACCAGUGCUGUCAAGGAAGUAGUAUCGGCUCUAGGUGGGAAAAGAUGAGCACAUACCAAUCAUCAGCAGCAUCGAACCCAUACCGAGACAAUACGCAUCCAUCGGUGACUACAGUGUCAGUAGCGUCGGUGGCAGCUACUUCUUACGCAACGAGCUCGCACCACUACCACCACCAAUAUCAGCACCAGCACCAUCAACAACCGCAACUGUAUAGCGCAGCCACGGCAUCAGCGAUGAUGACGUCUCGUAAAGACUCGAUGUCUGUAAUCGGCCACACGCUUCAUGAUCCCUUGCAAGUCCCAGUCCAAGUUCAAGCUCAGCAGCAGCAACAGCAGCAAAAAAGAUACCAUAAAGAGCUGCAGACCUUAAUGUCAACGUCGUCAUUGUCUUCGUGUGCGUUAAGUGACACCAAGGUCUCGACGAGGUCGUAUCAUCAAGUCCCACCACCACCGCUGCCACCACCACCAUUAGCGCCAGUCAUUCCUAGAUACCAGCAUUCCUACCACCACCAUCGUGCUUCAUCUUCCUCAUCUGUUCUGCCGCAGGUGCCCAAUUACAGCUACCCCCAUCACAUACCACCGGUACCGUACUCGCAUCACGAGUAUACCAAGUACUAUCCAGGUUCAAAGGAGAACGCAAGAGAGUCUACGCAGGCUCAAGCAGCACUGCCAUCGGGGAUGAUAAAAUAUUCGGAGCAUGGAUCCAUCAUACAUGAUAAAUAUGGUAUUGCCAAGCAGCAACAGUCCCAGAAAUAUUCUAACGGCGCUGUCAUACAGAAUGGCACAGUCAAGACGGCCAACCCCCCAGGGAUGACAGAAAAUAUGUCCAGGCCAUAUUAUAAUUCGCAAUCAACAGCUGGUGUCCACGAGCUACAAGUGCCGCAAAUUUUACAAGCAGAAGAGCUGAAUCUGCAGAAUAAGCACAUGUAUCACCAGCAAAAGCUAGUCCUAGUCCAGCAGAGGCUUAAUUUGGAGUCACAUUUGCGGGAACUUACUCGUAUGUCUGAUUACCAAAGCCAUCCAAAGUACCAAGACUAUAUAAACAAGUAUGGCGAAAUUAUGAGGCUCCUUCAGAGUCUUGAAUAUCGAUCGAUAGCUGGGCGAUCCCAACAGCAACAACAACAUCAACCACAGAAACUAGUAGCACCACCAAUUAAUUUACAGUUUGAUCAAAAUGGAGUGCUGAUUAAUUCGAGUUUAAUACCGCCAACGUCUCUAGCUUAUAGAUUGCCGGGGACACAAGCGAUGAGUACGGUGUCUAACGAAGAGAGAACUAAUAUCUAUGAAGAUAAAACUAUGCAAGCACUAGAACAUACGAUAGCCCAGCAACAGUAUACCCGCAACUCCACACAUGGCCAGAUGUUGAGUCAAAUGUCUGGUCUACCCACGCUGACUAAUCCAGGCCUGGAGAAACAUUACCUUACUCAAAGCUAUCAUGAUUCAGGCUCGUAUCAUCCUCACAUUCUUCACUAUCCUUCUAUUCCUAACCAUCAGUGUAAUCUGCAACACCAACGCCAUCAGCAGAGCCAGCAGCAGCUUGACAAAGAAAUAGAAGUGCUGAGGCUGCAGGCAAGCAAAGAUUUUGCAGACAAGCCUGAGAUUGAUGUCAGACAAUUUCUAGCUAGUUGGGAGGAGACAGACGAAGUCGAAGAAGAGGAACAGUUACAGGACGCUGUGGUAAUAGUAGCAUCGAACGCUGACCAGCCAACAGAAUUUGUAGUGGUAGAAAACGUCAACAUCAGUUCAGCUGAGAACUUUGCUAUUACCCAGGCAAUUUGUGUCUCCGCUUCAGCUGAUGACAAGGAAGCUUCUCUAUCCCAACCAAAGUUAACGACCAUCAAGCAAUCAAAGGAUCAAAUUUCUCCUGAAAGCACUGUCAGCACAAGUAUACGUAGUAUAAGCAGCAAUGAACCUUCUGCGAGUGGAGAUGCUGAGAAUCCAGUAGUUGAGGCGACAACAACGACGAUAACGACAACAACGACGAUAACAACAACAACGAUGACAGCUACUGAUUCAAUGACUGCAACUAAGGGCUCACCGAUCCCAGUGACGGUUAACAUCAUACGCUGUGUAACCAGAACGGACGAGGUACCAACGAUACAUAUAAUAGAUAGUCUGGAGAAUGAGGCGGUCGUCAAGAAGAUAGAGGGAGCCUUCAAUAGUCUUAACUCUGCAGAUAUUCAAAGUAUAGAGGAAUUGGUCAACAAAAGUACUACAACUGUUGACAGCAAAGAUGACAGGAUAUCAUUGUCGUUCUAUAAUGAUACUGCAAUAUUGCAAGACGAUUGUAACAAAAAGACUAAGAAGAUAGUUACCUCCACUGCUGCUAAUAUUGAUGUCAUCAGCAGUACCAAGAAUAUGACUGAUGAUGUUUGUGCCACCAAGCCAACUACGGAACAGCAAGCAGCCCAAGAACGACCAAACUCGCCCACAACCGGCAAUCUUAUGGCCAAAACUAUCACUGCCACAACCAGUACCAGAAGCAUCACUGCACCUACGAAAACGGCAAAGAUAAAUAAAAUGACAAUAACUAUGUCCAGCACCAAUAGUGAUAACGUUGUCAGCACAGUAAAUGCCAAUAGCAACAGCCUCGAUUUAAUAAGCACAGGCUUUGUAAAUGAAGAAAUUCAUCAGCAAAACGAUGACCUCAGUCUUCUUGAACUACCAACUUCAGCUGGUACAACAACUCUUAACACCCCAAGCCACUCGGAUAGCGAGGAUUUGUCACCAAAUAACAUAGAAAAUGUCGGUAAGGGAGCGAGCCCAGACCUAGGUGAUGAACGCUCAUCUCAUCGACUUGAGCACUCAAUGAUUAGCUUACCCAGCAGUUUAGACAAGUUCCGGAAGAUUCCGAUUAAUGAUGAGCUAGUUCACUUUGAUUUUCCUAACUCAAAUGAAGAUACAUCGAGUGCCACACUACUUACUACCAAGAAUGCUGUAAUUGAGGAUGGCAGCGAUAAAGCAACGCCAAAGAUGUCCAAGUGUCAAAUUCAUCAAGAAAAAGGUACUCCAAGUCAGGCGCUGUUGGAGCCACGCGGUACGUCUUUGCUUGACACGUCAGUUUUUGAGUUUUCCGAGCUCUCAAAUUCGUCAUCCACGAUUCUACUACAUGAAGAGCCAAAAAUGCCAGCACCACCUAUGGAUGGAAACUGUCUCACCAAAAUAAUUAAAGAUACGCCACCGAUUACGGAUUUUCGUUUCAUAGACUCGGACGAUGAUCUUACAAAAGUCAAUGACAUUUGGUUAGACAUUCAUCUAGAUACAGGCCUUGAAAAGUUCGGGUCUACUGCAGAAAAACAAGUACAAAUUGACUGUCCAAGUUCGUCUAGAAAAACAAGUAGUCUGAGGUAUUUUCGAAAAGCAAAGAGUGGUAUUAUGCCCAUGGCUACAGAAAAAUCACAUGUUAUUCUAGAUGAAGCAAAGAAACAACUGCCAAUGCGGUUACUUACAACCGUAUCAGUUGUAACAAAACCAACAAAAAAUUCCAUCAGACCAUUUAAUGGUAUUGAUAAAGAUAGAAAAUCAUGUCCAUCCGUUGAUUCAUUGCUUAGAAAUUUCAGACGAAAAGCAUACAGAAAGAGAGCAAAAUCUGUUGAGUACGAGAGUAAUAGUAACCAAGACCAAGAAAGGCUGCUUGACGAGUUUAAGAACUUGAAGAGAAAGCGAAGUGUUGGACAGAUUGAAGACAACAUCCAAACACUUAAGUGUGGUAUCGAUGAUUUCCGUGGCCUGAGCAUUAACAACAAUAACAAUAACGAACAUUCUAAGAAUAACAGUAGCUCUAACAACAGCGAUGGAAAUAUAAAAUCUACUUAUAAAAGUUCUAGCAAAAAAUCUGAUGCUACCAAUAGUUCAACCUCAGAUAAAAUAGAGUACAGAAACAAGUUAGUAACAAACCCACUAGGUAUAAAAUUAAUUGACCCAAUGCAACAGUUCUCCUCAGUCUAUAAUAAUACAUGUGAAAUGAGAACAGAGAAAACACUAAUAGACACUGCAAAUUCGUCCAACUACGUUGAUACUGAUAAUGAAAUUUUACGACCUAAUAUUCAAAUCAAGGGCAAAUCAGAAUCUACUGUACGUAGCUCGCGGAAUUUAAAAAGUACAAACGACAGAAUUAAAAUUAAGAUAAAUGUAUCACAGGUCGAAAAUCAGCAUUUAAAUGAUAGCAAGAUCAUCAACGCAUCAAAUCGUCAACUUAACAUCUGCCUGCCAUCUGAAAAUCCAGCCAGUUGUGAGAUUUACUGUAAAAAACCGAUUGCUGCUACAGGAACAGAGAAGCUGAAAACUAAAGUUUACAGCAAUGCCUUGUUUAACAACAAAGUUAUUGAAAAUAACAUAGCUAUUGAAAAUAAUAAGGAUAAAAAUAAUUUUCGAGAAGAGAAAAAGUGGAGUGCAGUAAAAGUUGAAGAGACCAAAAAAUAUAAGAAAAAGAAAGAAGACUUCCUCAAAGAUAUCUAUGAAAACGUUGAUUUAAAAGACAACAAAUACCUUGUCUCAAACUCUCUUAUUAAAGAAAGAAAUACUAAAGAGUUAGUAAUAGUUAAUGAUUCUGGAUCCAAAAAAUUUAAUAAAAAAAAACAAGACAUUGAAAAUGCCCUUAAGAAGCUUGAUGACUGUUAUCGUAAUCCCACCAAGAAAAACAAUAAUAAAAACAAUGCGGUGCUUUUUACUAACGAAAUUAAGUGUUUCGAAAAAAAAAGUUUUGUAGAAAACACACCAAUACCUGGUUGCUCUAAGAAUUUUGACUUUGAUCAGUUUGAUGUUGAACCUUUUAACGCCUACGGUGAUGGAAUCUUUAAAGAGCUAACAUGCUCACUAGACAACAAAAAUGCUUUUUACAGUAUUAAUAGUAGCAGCAAAACUACUGGCUAUCUUAAUCCUGUAUUUCAUCUUGACGAGCUCAAAAAUCUGGAUGUCGUGCCUGUUUAUACGACAAGAGAUGGUAAGAUAACAUACAGUCCAAAUCCACAGUUUACGUAUCGGGCAUUGAUGUUAGAGGCUCGUAAUCGUAAGGACCAUGUACUAUUUCAGGACUACUAUUUAAACAACAGAAACAGUCCGAGUAAACACUAUAGCACAUUUAGAAAUGAAAAAGAUGAUGAAAAGUAUUCUAAACUGUCACAUUACAGGCACAAGUAUUAUACAACAAGCGAGUGGUGCUCUGAAGAAACGUUGAGUUUCGAAAAUAUUGGGGCUGAUAAUGGAUUCGAUGCUUUAGAUAGGAUUAUAGACGAUGAGGCUGAGAAGAUCAGAAUCAGCAGUGAACGAAGAGAAAGUGAGAGAAACAAUUUUCUUGAUACUCAGAGGAGUGACAGAUUAUUAGAAAAAAGUACAUUAGGAAAAAGUGUUACCAAAGAACUUGAGAAUAAAAACUAUGACAAGUCAGUGAUAUCCUUGCCUGUAGAAUUAAAUAAAAAAUGCGCUAACCACACUCAACCACUACUAGAUAAUUUAUUUAAUACUAAAGUUAUGCGUGUGUCUUUUAAAAGAGAAUCUGAAAAGAAUCUCAGUGGUAUGAAUAGAUGUAUUGUAGAUUUGCAAAAUCUUCAAGAUGACAUUCUAAAAAAAUUAAAUGAUCCAGUUAUUAAGUGUACAUCACGAGUAAAAGAUUAUGAAUUACACAAUAAAUUAACAAGUUGGAUAGAAGUGGAGCAUAAAGAAAAAAAUUGUGAGAAGUAUUAUUGUAAAGAGAAAAAAAAAGAGGACGAAAAAAAAACAAAUGUUUUUAAAGUUUUAGAAGAGGUAUUAAGUGCUGAUCCUAGUUUUAAGGUAGAACUAGAAAAAUUGGAAAAAGAUCUUCAAGAUGAAGUCUUAAAUGGGCCUGCAAGUGUAGACAACAACUUAAAUAAAAAUAACGAAACAAAGGAUGUCACUAUAUUUGAUAAACGUCAUUGUAAAAAUGUUCCAUGUGAUGAAAAUCAACAAGUCCUGAAAAAAACUUUGAAACACCUAGAAAAACAUGUUUUUAUGGAAAAUGAAGUAAAUUUAGACAACAGCAGCUUUCAAGGUACUUUAUUAAAAUCUGUUAAGGAAUAUUCUGACGAAGAAAAGUCAGAAAGUUAUCAAACAUUUACAAUAAAGAAAGUUCUACCUAAGUAUUUAAUACAAACAGAAAAUAAAAAACCCACAGUUAAAGAUAUAGAAUCUAAAACACCAGAAUGGACCAAAAUAAGUCCAAGCGAAGAUAUCAAGAAAUCAAAAAUACAUGAAUCGAGUGAUGAAAAAAAAAGCAAAUCCGAAUCCCACGAUUUGGUUGCAAUAGAAGAUAAAGCAGUUGAAUACCAUGAUCUUAAAGAAGCUUUGGAAUUGAUUGCAUCUGUAGAAGUUAAAGAAAAAAAAAAAGCAGCACAAUCAGAAACUACCAUUUCAAUUACAGAUGUCUCCGAAGAAAAAACUAUUUCGAGCAUUACAGAAACAGUUUCCAUGAAAAAAGAUAAUCAAAAUUCUGAAAGCUCAGAACCUUCACUUAAACUUACUUGUUCGAUUAACAAGAGCAGUAUUUCAUACGAUUUUUGCAAAAACUUUAUAGCUCAAGAAAAACUGUAUGUUUCUCAAAUAACUGACGCAGUCAAAGCUGUACCUAAACUGGUAAUUCGCAAGAGUGAUAAAUUUUCAAAAUCCAAAUCAGUGGACAAUGUCAGUCAGGAUGAGAUGAAAAAAUACUCUCUAGAACACUCUAACUCUACGAUUCCAAUGCAUCCAAAAAUCCCUAAAAUGAUAAUUCGAAACGCUCGGUCCAGACCAACAACACCUAGUGUCGAAGAAGUAUCUGAAGUAUCAUAUUUUGCAGUAACGCAUGAAGAGUCUAAGAAUCAUCGAAUAAAACUAAAACUGGAUGACAAAGCCGACAGAUUAGGUCCUCAUUUAUUCCAAAACUUGGAUAAUAGUUCGAAAGCUAAAGUUUUAAAGAUGAAAAUAAAACUUGAAGAAAAACUACCCAGAGUAAUCAUUGAGAAUAUUGAUCUGAGCAACAUUAACCAGCAGAAGAUAGUACCAAAGAUGAAAAUAACCAAUGUCAAGAGCUCAUUAUCAAAAGUAAAACAAAGAAAAGUAUCUGUUCAAGAUAAUCGAUCAAAUUCAUCAGGUACAGAAACUGAGAGUGUCAGAGUACGAGACAAAAUGAGAACCCGUGUAAAGAAAGAUUUACCGCCUAACUACACCUUAAAUAAAGUUUCACAGAAAAGUGGAAACAAUACAAGUUUUUUAUCAAAAAAAACCAGGCACUUAUCCAAAGAACAAAUACGCCUCCACUCUUGCAUUGAAAAUACACAGUUUCUAUUAGACAACCAGCGUGAAAACAGCAAAGUGCCUAAAGUGAUAAUAAAGCGUAUGUCACCCAAUGCUGAGUUUAAGUGUGAAUUAAGUAAAGAAGCAAUUGUAAAUGCUCAACCACAAGUUGUAAUUGAAAGAUCAACAAUUAUAGACUGUAUGGCCAAGGACCUCAGGGCUCCAAAUAAUAUAAAAAUAUUUCAGAAGCAAGAAGAUGAGGAACCAGAGCCCAGCAUACAGUGGCAGAGAUUUUUAUCAAGCUUGAAACGAAAGAGGGAGCUAACAAGAUCCAACUCUACUUCCGACCUCAGCUCACCAAAGAUCAAACAUAGACGCACAUCAGACUACACAAUGUGCCACUAUGAUCACUUAGACUCGGACGCAAGUACGUGCUUUGGCUCAGCUGGCAAGAAACCCCCACCGAACGAGUCAAGACUUUCCCUGACCAACUCAUCAUUGGAAUUGCUUGGAUUCGCACCAGUACUGAUCCUUGAUGAGGACAUGAACAGCAAAAAUAAGCCCAGUUUCGAACAGAAUGAUAGUAGACAGGAUAUGUUAGUUGAAGAAGAAGAGCAAAAGCAUCAGUCAAUAGUCGAAAAAAAGAUGAGCUCUACUUUAAUGACGCUAGCUGUGCCAGUAUACGGGGAACUGCUUGACCAAAACAUCGAUGUCCAUGAAGAAGAGAUUGAUGGUACGCUGGAUACUGAUUUUGAGGCGUCGGUCAUCAAGGUCUACUCGUCCGAUGAAAGCCAGACAACAAUUGAGAUAAUGCCCGCCUCACCAUCACCUGACAUCAGUCACGAGCUCAAGUUUGCUGAGCAGAGAGCCAUUGAGAAGUCGAGCAUCUAUGCCAGUGAGAAUGACGGCUGCGAAAUGCUCGAAAAUCUCCAGUAUCAGCUCGAGGUUGGCGAGGGUGCGGUCGAUCCACUUAAAGUACCAAUCCUUGAAACUAAGAUGGAAAAAACUUCAAGCGAACUCACAGUUGAACGGAUUCCUGGCAUUUUAAUGUCUGAUCAGCUUGUGACAAAAGAUUCAUCCAGCAAAAAUUCCCUUAGACAAGUUUCUCAGCUGUUAGUUAUUAAAGAUGAAGACAAGAAAAAGGGGGAUGGGAAUGGGAAACGAAUUAUCAUUGAACCGGGAAACAUGUCAUCACAAUUAUGUGACAACUCGAUCAGCUCGUGCACGGCAAGUAGUGUACCAUUGCAGAUCAGGCUACAGAGGCUCCAGGAGGCAGAGGAGCUUGAGUCAUCGUCGAGCACGAUGGUAAAAAAUCAUGUACCUAACUAUCUGGAAGCCCCUAUCAUUGGUGACAAUCCAAACUUGUUGGCUUCAUCAUCAAAUUUAUGCAAGAUUACGACAAAUAUCGUGAAGGAAAAUAAUUGCUCAAUGCUAAAUAGCAGCUUUACGGUCUCGUAUUCAGACAUGCUGGUCAAGAAGGUACUGGCUGCCAAAGAGACACUAAAAAAGUAUUUAGGAAACAUCACAACUGCUGGUGUUACAAGUGAGAUGAUAAGAUGUCAAGAGGACGAACCCUCGAGAUCAAGGAGUUUGACAAGGAGAAAGAAACGUAGCACUGCCAAGAACAAAUCACCUACAUCGAAUGGAUUCAUGAGAAACGAGUCACGUGGCAGAAACAAAGCAUCCUCCACCAAAAAAUCGUCGCCUCACCAUAGAUUAAAUACCCGCUGCCAUAAAAACGGUUCAAAAUCGUUGUUUAUCGAUCGCCAUUACAACAAUAGCAACAACGGCAGGCUGGAAAAAAUUUCUCAUAUGCCGCAAUCUUCCAUUCGGAAGCAGCAGCAGCACCAACUAGAUCCACUUGCACGUGCAGUUGAAGAAAAUCUACGGCACUCUAGGCAGCGUGAAAAGAUGGUUGUGGACAAUAAAGCGCCGCUCGUUUUAUCAAACAACAUUAGGCAAAAUGAUCUGAUACAUGACAAUGAAUUUAACAGAGCAAAGAAGGUGAAUAACAUGAUCUUAAGGUUAGACAAGACCGAUGCAAUCAAAUCCAAGACCUUAGAGCUUAAUUCUUCUGAGACGAGUAUAUCAAAAAUUGUUCAAGAGCUCGUGUUUCAUGAAAAGGCGACAAUAAGACACCGAAAGUACUGCAUUCUGUGCGAACGCUGGUUUCCCUCGACAUUGAGGCACAAACGCCACUUAGCCGGCUAUCAACAUCGACAUACUGAACUCAGUCAACGCCGGGCCAUUCAUAUGCUGUUUCUUAUAUUUACGGGAAACCUUUGCCCAAAGCUGUUACCACCAAACGUUGUCAAAACUGACUGCAUGUUAGGUGAGCUAACGCCUCUGCAAAUUGCCCUCCAGGAUUUUGCAACAGCCAUCGAUGGCGUACAACACGUUGUCAACAAGUCAAACAAGGAAACGAUAAAAUAAGCCUUAGGUAAGCGCUUACCAACUGUAUUCUCCUGUUUCUAUUUUUAAAAGAUUUUUUGUAGAAUUAUUGAUAUUUUCAUGAAAAAUCAAUUUGACUGCGUAUAGAAACACACUGAGAAAAGUGGUGUUAAAAAAGCAUCAGAACUAUUCUAAAAAUUACUAUAUUUAUCAGGAAAGUGAGAACAUACUCAUGGAAUGACGCAAAUUAUUAUCUUCAACGUAAUUAUUUUUGUAUUUUAAAUAUUUAUUAUUAUUAUGCAGCAGCCAUAAAGAAAUUAUUACACAGCAUAAUAAAAAUGACUAUGUCUAGCGUAGUAAGAAUCGCGAUGGUAUAAUUUUUGCCAUAAAACAUAGUAAAUUUUAUUGUAAUCUUUUUUAAAUGUUCCAUAUUCUAAAUG